AUGAAUCAUACUAUUUAUUUUCCUACUGACUCGUUGAACACGUUGAGAACUAAGAGAAAUAGAGGUCGGAGGUUCUACAUAUUAGGAUAUCGUAUCAAGAAUGUUCAUAUUGUUAUACAUUUGGUACCCAUGAAUAUAAGUGCAAAACUUUAUGAGUUCACCAAACAGAAUGACAUAUUGAAGGAUUUGCAAAUUAUAGGAUGUGUCAAUGAAACACUGGAAGAGCAGAAUGGACUACAAUUACUGCAUAAUUCUGACGACAAAUAUCCGGCCGUGAUAUCAAAUGAUAAGAAAAAAUAUUCGUUUAUACUUUUCCAUCCUCCUAAUUUCAGAAACUUGGAAUAUUUUUCAAUCGACCCAAUUCUACUUCAGUCGACUGGAAAUGUUGAAGUUAACACGAAUGACCAAAUGUAUCAGCAGAAACUUAAUGAAUUUGAUCCAAUUACUCGUGAAAGUAAGCCGUUGUCUAUAUCAGAUGAUGAAGUUCUAGAUAAGAUUAAUCAAUCUUCACGAUACAAGAACGCUAUUCAAGCAUGGAUUAGUAGGUCAAUGUCUACUGAUGCAAAUCCGUCAUUAUUGCAGCGGGUGAAAACUAAUAAGACGGUUGAAGAAAUUAGUAGGAGGAUAUUUCAAUUAUUAAUAAGCAUUGUCUCCACUAUUCAGAUGUUGACCAUCUGGAUAAUUUGGAUACUAAAUUAUGAAUUCAGGAGUACCAAAUUGAUUGACUGUUCGCAUGUAUUUAGGCAACUCGAUCUUAGGAUGCAACAAAUCAACUUUUUUCCUAUUCAAUUCCUAUGUUAUUAUGAUAAAAACAUCUUGUAUGGGGAUUCAGAAGUACUUCAUAAAUUAAAGAUUCCGGUAUUUAAUUCAAAUUUAAAUAUUAACAACUCGAACUACAUUAAUCUUUACAAUUCUAUAUGGUUGAUAUUUAACGAUGUGUUGCUAGGAAUUACCAUUUGGAAAAUUAUAAUAUCAAAUUUUGAUAGUAUUAUUAUGUUCAUUAAUGAAACCAUAAUUCGAAAGCUAUUAUUUAACGACUUUUAUGACUUAAUAAAAUGGGUAUCGGUUAAUCAUCCUGCAGGGUUCAAGUUAAACACUGAACUAGGCCAGUUUAUGGGUGAUUUGUUCUUGUGGACAUUGAAGUUUUGGAAAUCCUUAGUUGCUGAUAUUUUAGUGAUAGACUCGAAAAACGUUAUAUUCCGUCCUAUUGAAUUGAAUUUCAGUUACAUUUUGUCCUUCGUUGGUACUUGGAGCAACAUAUCUACCAUUCACAAGGUACUAUCUCAGAUACUCAAGAUUUAUGUGGGAAUAGUAUGUCAUCUUGGGUUUACCUUCUUUAUAGGCUGCAUUAUUGACUAUUUUCAGAUUAUCACAUUCCAUCUUUAUUGUUUCUAUUACACAUCCUCCAAGAUAUACCAAAAACAAGUACAAGUUAUCAAAUCCUUGUUCCAAUUAUUUUGUGGGAAAAAGUAUAACGUUUUACGUAACCGUAUUGAUAAUUUGAAUAACUACACUUAUGAGGGCCAGUUUUUUGAUAUAGACCAGUUGUUAUUGGGAACCUUAUUGUUCAUGAUUUUAGUGUUAUUGUUACCUACGGUAUUUGCAUUUUACUUAAUGUUCUUCUUGUCGAGGUUGGCUUGUAUCAUUGUCGUUAACUCCAUAGAGAACUUAUUGAUUGUCAUAAACUAUCUUCCAUUAUUUGUUAUUUUGUUGAAGUUAAAGAAUUCUAAUAGAUUACAAGGUGGUAUAACCUUCGACCAUUUGACUGUUUCGAACAAAACAAACUACUUAUUAUUAUCUAAUAAGUCCUUGACAUAUAGCGAAAUAUUUAAGAACUUCGUCAAAUUGUUCAAGAAGUCAAAGAAUUUCAAGGAAUCGUUAGUUCAGUUCUUCGUAUUAGGUGAACCAGUUUCCUUGAAACAUAAUUAUAGAAUGAUAUUUAAUUACUUAAUGCUACCUGAAAAUUACGAUAAGACAACUGAAAUUUGGAAACCUAUUAUCAGUUCUAAUAAGAAAUGA